AUGAAACUCCCCUCCCUCCUCACUCUGGCCCUCGCCAGCACCACCACCACCCUGGCCAACCCCGUCCCCAACCCCGACGCCAACACCAACACCAACACUCUCUCCAAACGCGGCGUCGAAACCGUCUACCUGUCCAACUGCAUCACCUCCGGUUCCGUCUACAACCGCAGCGGCAUGUUCUACUACCCGGACGGCGACCAGUCGCAGAACGGCGAGCGCCCGGCCAGCGGCAACUACGCGUCCGUCAACGGCGGCAGUCUCGUCUUCUGGGAGGGCAAGUCGGUCUUUGGCACCUUUGGCACUGGAGUGACUUUUACCUCGAGCAUCAAUGCUGGCUCUCAUUCUGCCUUUAGUUACUCGGGCAGUGGCACGAACGGGUAUCGGACGUUUAGUUGCUAUCGGGACAAUGAGCGGUUUUUGUUCAAUUCGGCGAGUUGGGGGAAUUGCUACUCCAUUUAUUAUUGUAUCUAG